AAAGGAGACCGAAAGCAUAGAGAGGGGCAACUUGCAAAAGGCAGAGCUCUCCACUAUUGUAGAUGGGGCACUGGAUAUGUUGCCUUUGCUCCAGAGUUGCAGGUUCGUUGAUGCUGCUCCUGGUUUUGGCUCUGAGCUGUAACCCUUCCACAGCAGCAGCACCUUCUCCGUCUGCGCCCCACGUCAAACCCAGCUACACUUUUGGCCGGACUUUCCUGGGACUUGAUAAAUGCAACGCCUGCAUUGGGACAUCCAUUUGCAAGAAAUUCUUUAAAGAAGAAAUAAGGUUUGACACCUGGCUUUCUUCUCAUUUAAAGCUGCCCCCCAGCUACCUGCUCAGCUACUCAGGCAACUACACCGACGAUGCCAAGAGCUGGCGGCUGGUCGACAUCACCCGGCUGACCUCCAAGUACCAACACGACCGGGCUGACAAGCACAUCUGCACCUCCCUGCUGAAGACAAAGACCUGCAGCCUGGAGCGUGCCCUGCGCCGCACACACCGCUUCCAGAAAUGGCUGCGGGCCAAGCGCCUCACUCCUGACCUGGUCCAGGGCCUGCCUAGCCCAAUGCUGCGCUGCCCAUCCCAGCGUCUCCUGGACAGGAUAGUGCGGCGCUAUGCCGAGGUGCCGGACGCUGGCAGCAUCUACAUGGACCACCUCACUGACAGGGACAAGCUGCGCCUGUUGUACACCCUGUCAGUCAGUUCACAUCCCAUCUUGUUACAGAUCUUCCCUGAUGUGGAGGGAUGGCCCUUCCCUCGGUACCUGGGCUCCUGUGGGCGGCUGGUGGUCAGCGCCAGCACCCGGCCCCUUCGUGACUUCUAUGAUGCGGCCCCAGAGGUGGCUGCCGACCUGGCCCUCCAGCUUCUCGCCGUCCUCCGCUCCAUGGGCACCAACGACCUCAACUACUUCUUCUACUUCACCCACGUGGACGCUGGCACCUUCGGCGUGUUUAGCAACGGGCAUCUGUUCAUCCGGGAUGCCAGCACGCUGGGCAUCAUCGACAAGGAGGAAGGAAGCCAGCUGAUUGGUGACCAACAGGAGUACAAAGAUAUAUUUAGCUGUCUGACUGCGGACUGCCAGUCUGCGUUUGUGUCCUGUAACUCCAUCAAAGAGAAGCACAGCCUCGUCAUGGUGUGUCAAGAGCUUCUGCCUAAGCUGUUGAAGGGGAAAUUCCAGCAGCCUGUGCAGGAGAAGAUUGACAGCUUCCUGCAGCACUGUGCUGACAGCCUCGAUGAUGACCAGGGUGUCAACGAGGUGGUUGCAAAGUUAGCAGAACUCCUGAAACCUCUGCGGUCUUGCGAUUCCCGUUUCACCUACCGCUACCCUGACUGCAAAUACAGUGACAAAUACUGAUGGCUUUGGAGGAGGAGGACUCCCUUGGGAAGGACUAGUGUCAGCCCCCUGCCACUGUGGGAAGCAAGAAGGGACCAGAGUAGCUGGAAAAGAGCUGCACCAAAUCUGGGGCUUCCUCAUCAAGGCAGAGGAGGAGGGAACAAACCACACAUA